CGCACCCUUUGCAAAUGGCCACUGUCCUAUACCUCAGUGAGGUCAAGAACCAUGUGGUCCUCACUCAGCCAAUCAGAAGAGAUCACCCUACUUCACAGAUCACAUGACUGUGGCAUUCGACCAAUCAGCAGAGACCUGGAGUGCAUCUAACUUUCUCUCUCCACUGACGUCAGAAAAAGACGCUAAAGAUGCUCAGCUCACCUUACCUUUCUGUACAAAACUUCUAAACUAAUCAUGGCAAUGUCUGCCCGGAUGUUUUAUGCCAAGAGGAGGAACAGUGUUGUCGUGCCCGUCCACCCUGCCAUCAGUGAUGAUGAUGAGGAGGAUGAUGAUGAUGUGGCAGACCCUGAUUAUGUCCCACCCAGCCACAACCAGGACAUUCCAUGUACAAGUGACACUGACCCCUCUGCCAAGAGGAAACGGAUCCAACCUGUGGUUGAGGUGCUCCAUGAAAAUUACAGUGAGGACAGUGAGUACAGUGAGGAUGACGACGAUAAUGAUGGUGAUGAUAAUGUGCAGCCAGCAGUACAAGCCCAGAGGCCAAGGAGAUCUGGCAAGUUAGCACCCAGGCCAACCACCUGGCAUAAAGUUGACCUGAACAACACAGCCCUUCCUGAAUACCAGCACUCUGCCCCAGACUACAUUGACAUGCCUUUUCAGUACUUUAUUAGGUACUUUGAUGCCCAAAUGAUCAGUCAUAUAACAUACCAGACAAACUUAUAUGCUGCUCAGAAGGACAUCAACACCACUUUCUCCACCAAUGAGAAUGAAAUAAUGACCUUUCUAGCCAUCCUCAUCUAUAUGGGUGUUGUUGAGCUCCCCUCUGUUGAAGGUUACUGGGCCAUGGAAACCAGGGUCCCUCAAGUUGCCAACCUGAUGUCAUCGAAGAGGUUCAGGCUGCUGAAAAGGGUUAUCCACUUCAAUGACAACACUCAGAUCCCAGGCACCAGCGACCGUUUCUUCAAAGUCCGGCCACUGUUCAGCUUUCUCAAUAAUGCCUUCAGGCGUGAGCCACAGACCCCCAAACAGUCUGUAGAUGAGGUGAUGGUUGCCUACAAAGGGAAGACAGCUGGCAACCUGAGGCAGUAUAUCAAAAACAAGCCAGACAAGUGGGGUUUUAAGUUGUUUGCAAGGGGCUCUGAAGAUGGCUUCAUCCAUGACAUGGUGCUAUACCAGGGCAAAACUACCCUGGAGGCCCAUGAUGUCCCCCUGACGCCUGAACAAAUAGUGCUGGGUGCCACCAGCCAGAUUGUUGCUGUCCUGGCGAGUACCAUGUCCUCCCUAACCACCACAGCCAUCUUUGCCGACAACUUUUUUACCAGUAUGGAGCUAGUGCGGUACCUCAGAGAUCAGAAUUGCAGAUACACAGGGACAGCAAGGGACAAUAGAAUCAGAAAUCCGCCACUCAAGUCCAUCAAGGAGAUGGAGAAGAAGGCUGUACCCCGUGGUACUUAUGACUAUGUUACCAGUGAUGAUGGGAUACUGGCCGUCAGAUGGAAGGACAACAGAACAGUCACUCUGCUGUCAACAGACAUGGGGGUUGAGCCGAUGUCCUCAGUCAUCAGGUACUGCAGUGAGACCAAGAUGAAGGAGCCUGUGAGCUGUCCAGCUGUCAUCAGGAGUUAUAAUGCCAACAUGGGGGGCAUUGAUAAGAGUGACAUGCUGGUACACCUCUACCGCACCCCCAUGAAGUCCAAGAGGUGGUACUUGCGUCUGUUUGCAUAUGUCAUUGAUGUCAGUAUCACAAAUGCCUGGGUUGUUUACCGACGGGACAGUAAGGCCCUUGGAGUGAAUGGCCAGUCUCUGAAGGAUUUCAGAAUCCAGGUGUUCAGGGGCGCCAGCGGCCAGACGUCUGCCAAAUCAAGCACCAGAAGAAGCUCGUCCUCAACUGUUGAAAGCCUGACCACCAGUGUUGAUGUCCCUGAGCCUGUCCGGGGACACCGCAGCCACACACCAAAUGAGGCUGUGCGCUUUGACCUGUCCCUCUUUCAUGCCCCUGUACAUGCCAAACGCCAGACCUGCAAGUACUGCAGCAGGAAAGGCAACAUUGUGAGGUCAAAUGUGGUCUGCAGGGUCUGCAAGGUCCACCUUUGCAUGAACAGUGAGCGCAACUGCUUCAUUGAGUACCAUGAAUAAGCUGUCCUAAUGGUGUCCAAAAUUGUACUGUGUAUGUUAUACAGUUUAUAAAGUUAUAGGAUGAACGUUAUACUGUUAUACAGUACAUAAAGGUGUACUGUGUAUGUUAUACUGUAUGCUAUACAGUAUAAAGUUGUACUGUGUGUUAUACUGUUAUACAGUACAUAAAGUUGUAUUACGUAUUUUAUACGUGUGUUAUAAUAUUUGCAUAUAAUGUUGUGCAAUUUAUUUAGAAAGGACUCUGUAUCAGCACUUAUGUUCUAAAAGUGAUGUUCUAAUGUGAAACAUACAUGUGUUUUUGUUGUAUAUUUUACAUAUACACGUAUACAUUUUUUUUACCACUGAAGGGCAAGGAACCAAAUACGAUAACUUCGUUUACUUUGGUUUUCUGCAAGAAAAUGGAAAUUUUUGAAAAUGUUGAAAACAGAAAUAAACUCUGGUUAUGGCCCCCAACAACC